AUGGCAGAUAUUAAUUCAAACGACGAUUUGCCGUACCGUAUCAUGGGCCUUACAGCACUAAAUCACCGCAAAACCAACAUGAGAAAAAUCCUUAGUUUUUUGAACGAAAGAAAUUACUCGAGAUAUAAUAAAAGUCAGCUGCUACGUCGACUCUAUGAGAUCGAGAGCGGUGUGCACGUUCCAGAUGCAAGGCAACAAGCUAUUUAUCUUUGGCUACAAAGAGGGUCCAUAGGUCCCAUCAGCGUUUAUUAUGAUCCAAAUGAUCCACCCCAACAGUCGCAGGCAUCUCGAGUCCUCAAACGCAAGAGAUCCGCUGAACCCAUAUCCAAUGGUUACAGAGAUAUUCGGAAUAAGCACGAAGACUCCAUAAAGUCAGAACCGCAACCGCAACCGCAGCUGAGGGAAUGUUCUAUAUGUGCAGAAGACCUCGUGCUCGCUAAUUUCCCGCAUCAAAUCUCGGCUGAGUGUACGCAUGAUCCGACAUGCUGCAGCUCAUGUCUAUCUCGGUCUAUUGGUGUGCAAAUUGAAAGCAAAGAAUGGGAUCAGAUCACAUGUCCCGAAUGCACAGUACUUCUCUCCUUCGACAAUGUGAAGUCAUUUGCCUCCGAGGAAGACUUUAUUAGAUACGAUAAGAAAUCGCUCUCAUCUUGCAUCAGAAGUGAUCCCAACUUCACGAACUGCCUUGGGCCCGGCUGUAACGAUGGUCAAAUCCAUGAGGGUGGUGAUGAUCAGCCUAUCAUGACAUGCAGAACAUGUAGUUUUAAAACAUGCUUCACUCACAAAAUGCCCUGGCACACCGAUUUAACUUGUGAAGGUUAUGAUGAGCAGUCUAGGGAGAGACUGCGACAAGAAGAGGCAAGCCAAGAUCUCAUGGAUAAGGCCACUAAGAGGUGUCCCAAUUGCCAAGUCCGCAUCCAGAAGAAUGAUGGCUGUGAUCAUAUGACUUGCCGUUCUUGCAAGUACGAGUUCUGUUGGGUAUGCUUCGUCGAUUAUAGAUUAAUCCGCUCAAUUGGCAACGCAGAACAUCUAUCAACCUGUAAGCACUUUACGGAGAAUCUUCCACGGUAUCCAUAUCAAUUCCACAAUCCUCUUCAAAUUCCCAGAAGACAUCAAGCCAUUGCAAGAUCUGCAACCCCAGGUCCUGCACCACCACGUACGGAAUUUACACCGCAAGAACGUGGUAUUGUGGACCGCAUUCAUGCAUCUCGAACGCAGCAAAACAACAUCCGGGCUCGAGAUGUCUUGGCAGAUGAAGAACCGGCUUUUGAGGACAUGGCUAUUGAAGACUUGCUUUUUGAAGAGUAUUAG